AUGGGUGCGGGAAACUCUGCUCUUCACAAUGAUCUGUCACCUUCGUCUUGUUUCGGUGAUCGGAAUCUGUCAAACUCAAAGCCUGGAUUAGGAGAUUUGCCGGAGGGUUGUGUGGCUCUGAUUGUUGGGAAUUUAGAUCCGGUCGAGAUCUGCAGCUUCUCGAAGCUCAACAGGGCUUUUCGCGGCGCUUCCUGGGCUGAUUUCAUCUGGGAAUCGAAGCUUCCUCCGAAUUACCGGAUUAUCGUCGAGAAAAUCCUCGGUGGAUUCCCGGAAAAUCUUCAGAAAAGAGACAUUUACGCUUUCCUCUCCAGAAUCAACUCAUUCGAUGAAGGCAACAAGAAGGUGUGGAUAGAUAAACGAAGCGGUGGUGUUUGCCUAUCAAUUUCAGCUAAAGGAUUAUCCAUCACCGGAAUCGAUGAUCGUCGAUACUGGAGUCAUCUUCCCACUGAUGAAUCUCGGUUUUCAUCUGUAGCUUACCUCCAACAAAUCUGGUGGUUUCAAGUUGAUGGUGAGAUCGAUUUCCCAUUCCCGGCCGGAUCAUACAGCAUCUUCUUCAGGCUUCAGUUAGGCCAGUCCGGGAGCAACUGGUUUGGUCGACGGGUCUGUGACACGGAAAAAGUCCACGGCUGGGACGUUAAACCGGUUCGGUUUCAACUCUGGACCGAAGACGGCCAACAUUCCUCGUCUCAGUGCAUGUUAACCGAGCGGGGAAACUGGAAUCACUACCACGCAGGAGAUUUUAUCGUCAAGGAAUCGAAAAAGCAGUCGACGAAGAUUAAAUUCUCGAUGACUCAGAUCGAUUGCACACACACUAAAGGCGGUUUAUCUCUGGACUCUGUGAUUGUAUACCCGACCUCGUGUAACGACCGGUUGAAGCCGUUUUAA